AUGUCCACAUCUGCAGUCCAGCCAGCUUCCGAGAGUAAGACCACCUCUCGAAAGCGCAGAAAGGUGUCCGAUCUCGCCCUCGCCGAGCUAUCUAUAAUAUACGACCAUCUUCAGAAGUUGCGUAUCAACUCACUUGACGACGACUUAUCUGAUAUUUCCGAUGACUUGGACGAAGUGCUUGCGAAGAUAGAGAAAAAGUUGAACGUGCCCAAGCACACCCCCUUCUCCAGCAUCAACCAACGUCUAUUGGCCGAGCUCCAAAUCACCGAGGCCAGUGAACUCGCGCUCAAGAGUGACAGUUCCAGACGCACUGAGGAAGCCAAGUCUGUAGGCGCGGACAAAUUCAUGUCAUCGACGACUAUGCUAUCUUUCCUCCAGCUCCUUGAGGACCAUACAAUUCGAUCUAUAUGUAUGCGACCGAGUCACUUCAACACACAUGUGGUGGCACUCCUUGUUGGACAAGACGAAACCGAUAUUUAUCGUUUUUCACGGGAUAUCACGUUCCUCAGGACCCGGACCACUACACCCGGCUUCUUUAUUGCAGAGGCCAAGGCUUCGACGCCUCAUUUAGUGGACUACGUGCCCCAGGCAGUCGCUGAGAUGAUGACUUGCGCCAAGCGGACCCAUCUCCGUGGUGUACUGACGAACGGGGAGCUCUGGGUUUUCGUCAUCGUCAUCAGAAACCCAGAAUGCCCUGGCGGAGGGUAUUACACUUCCCCACCUAUCCAGUUGCAGAGGAAUAAAGCAGCGAUUGACGAGGAUUCGGCUAAUACGAUCUCUGGGAUUCUUGCUGCCUGGAUUGAAAGGUCUUUCGAUGACAUUGGGGAAGACGACUGGUUCUUUGUAUCAAAAAGAUUCUAA